AGAAUAAUAAGUAUAUUUUUAUUUAAUUAAAUAUUUUAUCUAUUUAAAAAAAACAAAAGAAGCAAGAAAAACAAACUCUUAAAUGCUUGUUAACUACAUCAAAAUCUAAUAAAAAAAUUAAAAAUUGAAUUUAUAUUAAAUUUAAAGGAGAAAAUAAGAAUCAAAUAUUAGUCUUUUAUAUUUUUUAUAGUUUUUAUUAAUUGUUAAGAAAAUAUUGUAUGCUUUGUAGUAAUAAGUAAUGACAAGUAGAAACACAACAUCAAGUGAAUAAAGGUUUAGGCGUGCAAAAUUUAUCUUCGAUGAUCUUGAGAAGUUUAUAGUUAUGGAUGUGUUUUUAAAAGUAGCGUUAGACGAUUUAAAAUUUUCCUUUUCUAAAAUAUUAAAUUUAGAUUUCUUUGGUAAAAGAUUCAUAUAUUAGUUUUAAAUUACACCUACAUCUGGAAAUUAAACUGAUAAAGUUGAAAUUGAUUUAGAUGCAUCAAAGCUACUUGAAGAAUAAGAUUGCAUAAAAAAAUUUAUCGAAGACUCAUAAAAUUAAAAUAAAGAGAUGUAAUUCAAAGUAAAAUUCGAAGAUAUUGGUGCUUGAAAAGAUAUAAAAGAAUUAGUAAUAAAAGAAAUAAUAAAAAUAAAAUAUAUGUAAACAUCAUUAAUAUAUUUUAAAAAAGAAUAAUAAAAUUAAUUGCAUAUAUAACAUAUUAAUAAAAAUGUUUUUAUAAUGUCUUCUCAUUUAUAUUAUUCCUUUCUAAUUUAUUUUUACUAUUUAACACUAUUCUUAUAAUCAAUUUAAAAAUCCUCAUCACAAAUU